AUGGCUGUUUCAUUGAAUUCAGUCGUCGGUUUCAACUCCACUUUGCAGGCUAACUACCAGCAGAUCACGAGUAUUAAUAUUAGUGUAUCACUGCCGAAGUUCCACCAAUUUACUUCUAUUUCAGGAGCCGUUGGAUUAAGAAGAUCGAUAGAAGGAAAAAGAUCACGGUUCUACGUUCUAGUUGCUAAUGAUGAUUUUGUGGGUCCUAAAACUUUUGAAGGAUCAUAUUCUGAAGAGGGGUCGUCAGCAGAUGAAAAAUCUUCAGGAAGAGAUGACAAAUUUCAAGCCAGCGGUGAUGUUGAAUUGGCACCUCGAGAUUCUGUGGCUUCCAAUGGAUCAAUCGAUUCCACAAAUCUGAACACAGAAGCAUCUGCAGUCAAGUCAAGCUCGACCCAGAAACGAGCCCCAUUAACAGCAAGAGAGAGACUUAGGGCAGCCCGGGUUCUUAGUCGCUACACAGAGUCGAAGCCAUCUAAACCAGAGCUUGGGAGCAAAUUAUUAGAGGCCUUACGAGAAAGUGACAAAGGGAAAAGACGCCCCAGCCUUCCUGAAGCACCUUCGAAUAUGCUGGACGACAGCAAAAGAGGAUUACCAAAUCCAGGCUGGACGUUUGAAUUUCCCGGCGGUGUGGAUGUGUUUCUCGUCAUCUUAUCAUUUGUAUUAAUCAGCACAGUAAUGUUUGCAACUACAUUCAUUGUUUGGAAAGUUGGGGCUAUCCAUUUCAAUGAAUAUUAA